AUGUCAUCAAUAACAAAAAGAACCGUUACAAGCGCAAUUUCAGCAAUUUAUGAUCCAUUAGGAUGGCAAAUCCCACUUCUUCACAAAAUCAAGAUCUUCCUGCAAGACCUAUGGAAAAAUCAAUACGACUGGGAUGUAAGAUUACGCGACACAAAGGUUGAGGAAUGGAAAGGCAUCACCGCUCAAAUUAGCGGGUUUGAGAAGGAUUUGCCCUGUUUCUUGCAAGAAAAGAAAGGCGAAGUCAUUCUGGUGACAUUUGCGGAUGCUAGCACCAAUACUAUGGCUGCAUGUACAUGCUUACACAGUAACACAUCAGCGCAGCUCUUGAUGGCCAAGUCCAAACUUCCAUCUCUUCAAUGCCACUACACAAUCCCAAAAUUAGAACCUAAUCGGCUAGCAUUGGCAAUGAGGCUCACUAACUCAGUAUUUUCUCAACUAAAGCCAGUUAUCAACAUAAAAGGAGUCUAUGUCUUUUCUGACUCGGAGAUCGUACUGAGUUGGUUGAAAAUUAAACCAGAAAAAGAGGUUGGACAAUUUGUUUCCAAUAGACUAAUUGAAAUACGGAACAUCACCAAUCACAUGACUGAACAGGGAUGCUUUGUCAGGUUCGGUUAUGUUUCGUCUCAAGAUAACCCGGCUGAUUGCGCAACAAGGGGAUUGAACAAAGAUGAGCUAGUGUUACACUUUUGGUGGACAGGCCCCAACUUUAUUUACUUCCCGUCACGAAAGUGGUUAAAUCAGGGAAAAUUUUUGAGAUUGAUGAAGACGAUAAAACUAAUUGGAAUGAGAAUGAAGACCCAAUGA